GUUUUGACGUUUGUCAUUAAAAAACGUCGCUGUUUUGCGGUAUCGAACAGCAAAAAUAUUUUUUAUUAACAGAAAACCUAAUAAACAAUCAACUAGACACCAUUGAUAUGUACUUACUUUCCACACAUUGAUUUAUUAAUAAGUUUCACUAGCUAUAAUAAUGAUAACGCUUAAUAGAAAAUUAAAAAAGGAACAUACGGAGCCCACGAACGGUAUUAAGGUGGAUACGAACAAAAGGAUAUCCGUUAGGGACAAGUUGUUAGUGAAAGAGGUUCAGGAGAUGGAGGAGAACCUCCCUGGGACAUGUUCUGUGCAGUUUGAGGACCCGAACGUGCUCAGUGAGUUCAUAUUGACAGUGGCCCCUGAUGAAGGUUUUUGGCAAGGGGGCAAGUUUAAAUUCAGUGUUUUUGUCACUGAAGACUAUAAUAUGGCACCUCCAAAAGUGAAAUGUCUAACUCGGUUGUGGCACCCGAACAUAAAUGUGGAUGGAGACAUCUGCUUGUCCCUGCUGCGGCAGACUUCGAUUGACGAACACGGCUGGGCGCCCACUCGGAGACUCAAGGAUGUGGUGUGGGGCCUCAACUCUUUAUUUACUGAUCUCCUAAACUUUGAAGACCCUCUCAACAUCGAAGCGGCCGAGAUGUACAAGCAAAACAAAAUCGAGUUCCAAGCGAAAGUUCAGGAGUACAUAUCAGGAGCUAAAGGCAAGAGAUGAAAUUCGGUUUCACCGUACAGCGUCCUUAGGAAUCUUUGUACAUUAUUCAUCGUUUUUAUCUACCAUUAUUUUGUAGGUAAAUAUUUAAUACUCCAAAAGUGAUAAAUCUAUAUUUAAAUAAUUCACAUUUAUAAUAAUGAUGGUGUUUUUUUGUAGCUGUGAUUUUAUAUGGUUGUGUUUAUUUGGUUUGGUUUAAUUCAAUUUAGAUUUACGUAGGCAAUUAUUUUGGACUAUCAAAAGUAAUUUAAAUUCGAACAAUAAUAAUAUGACGCCGUAAUUUUAAUAACCAAUUGACGACCGUUUGUCAUAUCGCGUAUCACACACACGCCAACAUAAUUGAUACAAUCAUGCUAGAGUUAAACCAAGAAAAGUCUGCAGAGAUUUUGACAGCACACGCAGUGCAGGUAUUAUUUUAAACGUCAAACUUCUAUGAAAUUAUGACGUAUAAAAUAACACUGGCACUGUGCAGUCAAAAUCUCUGCACAGACUCUUCUUGGUCUAACUUUAACAAAUGUAAACCUUACCUACUUGGGCUACUUGGGCAUUAUACUUUGACAGGCAUCAUAUUUAUUUUAAACGUUCUUGGAAUUGUGAGCUCUUCUCAUUCACCUCUAGUCAUUCAAAGGAUUUGAUAAUUAUACCGAAUUAUCGUUUAUAUCAGACUUAUUUGACCAUAAUUAUUGUAAUAAGUGUAUGUAUAUAUUUUUUACUUGUUUACAAAUUUUAACUUUUCACAUAAAGCACGAACAAUUUCGUACAUUGACCCCGCCUAUUUCUAUCUCUCUCGAACGUGCAUAAUUUUAUUGCUGUGCCACUGUGCGAGCGGGACAGCAAUAUAAUUAAGCGUGUGCGAUAGAGAUAGGAAAUGGCGCGAAAUUUUCCGUGCUUAUGCUCUGGUUUCCUAGGAUAGCGGUGCCGUCAUAUAGCGGCCGUCUCCAUACAAAUACUACGACAUCCAUAUUUAGCCGUAUUAUUUAGUAUGGAGACGGCCGCUAUAUGACGGCACCGCUAUCCUAGGA